UAAUCCCAGCGGAGCGGUAUAGUUUAUCACCUCCUUUCUUUUUCUUACUUUUCUUCUAUCUGUCAGUUUCAAACAGAUCGCGAAGACAUAAAGAAGGCGAAGCUACUAUUUCGUGUUAACCGGCGCAAUAUAAUUAAAUAUUAAUACAUCGUUUUUGAAUAAGUCUUUGUCACCCGCGAGGGAGAGCUAACAAUGAAGUACUUUUUGUUGUUGGGAUUGGGCCUCCUACUCCUCUCAGGUUGGACCGUGGCGCAGGAGGGUGUGGGGACCGUGGAGGAGAUGACGGUGGAUGCCGACCUCGGUAUUUCAAGAGAAGGUUCCCGGACUGACGCGGAGACAGUUGCCCGUGAAGCGGAGGCGAUCAACCCAGAUGGCCUGAGUCCCGCGCAGAUGGCCGAACUGCGGGCCAAGGCCUCCAACCACACCUUCCAGACCGAGGUCAACCGCAUGAUGAAGCUCAUCAUCAACUCGCUGUACCGCAACAAGGAGAUCUUCCUCCGUGAAUUGAUCUCCAACGCCUCAGACGCUCUCGACAAGAUCCGUCUCCUGUCCCUAACCGACCGCAAGGUGUUGGACGCGACGGAAGAACUCGGAAUCCGCAUUAAGGCGGACCCAGAGCGCAGAUUACUGCACAUUAUCGAUACUGGUCUUGGCAUGACCAAGAAUGAUCUGGUCAAUAAUCUGGGCACCAUCGCCAAGUCGGGCACGGCUGACUUUUUGUCUAAGAUGCAAGACGCUGAAAAGAGUGGCGCUCAGGAGAUGAACGACAUGAUCGGGCAGUUCGGCGUGGGCUUCUACUCGGCCUUCCUCGUCGCCGACCGCGUCACCGUGGUCUCCAAGCACAACGACGACGUGCAGCACGUCUGGGAGAGCGACGCCAGCUCCUUCAGCGUGGCGCCCGACCCGAGGGGAGACACCCUCAAACGCGGCACUCACAUCACGCUGCACCUGAAAGAAGAAGCCGCAGACUACCUGCAGCCUGACACCAUCCGCGCCCUCGUGAAGAAGUACUCGCAGUUCAUCAACUUCCCCAUCCACCUGUGGGCCUCGCACACCGAGACCGUUGAGGAAGAGGAGGCCGACGAGCCAGCUCCUGCUGCUGAUGAUGAGGAUGCUCAGGUCGAGGAUGUGACAGAAGAGAAGAAGGAAAAGAAGAAGACCGAACGCACCGUUUGGGACUGGGAGCUCAUGAACGACAACAAGCCCAUCUGGACCCGCAAGCCUGCCGAGGUGUCUGACGAGGAAUAUGUCACCUUCUACAAGUCGCUCACCAAGGAUACCAGCCCACCACUUGCAAAGGCGCACUUCGUGGCGGAGGGCGAGGUGUCGUUCCGCGCGCUGCUGUUCGUGCCGCGCGCGCAGCCGGCCGACUCCUUCAACCGCUACGGCUCCAAGACCGACCACAUCAAGCUGUUCGUGCGCCGCGUCUUCAUCACCGACGAGUUCAACGACCUCAUGCCCAACUACCUCGCUUUCAUCCAGGGCCUGGUGGACUCCGACGACCUGCCGCUCAACGUGUCCCGAGAAACGCUACAACAGCACAAACUGAUCAAGGUCAUCAAGAAGAAACUCGUCCGCAAGGCCCUCGACAUGCUAAAGAAGAUCCCUGAUGAUGAAUAUGAGGCCUUCUGGAAGGAGUACUCCACCAACAUCAAACUGGGAGUAAUGGAGGACCCCAGCAACCGCGCCCGCCUCGCCAAGCUGCUGCGCUUCCACUCGUCGGCCUCCGAGUCCAUGACGUUCCUGGCCGACUACGUGUCCCGCAUGAAGAAGGGCCAGAACCACAUCUACUACAUCGCCGGCUCCAGCCGCGCUGAGGUGGAGAAGUCUCCGUUCGCGGAGCGCCUGGUCCGCUCGGGCUACGAGGUGCUGUACCUGACGGAGGCCGUGGACGAGUACUGCCUCGGCGCGCUGCCCGAGUACGACGGCUUCAAGUUCCAGAACGUGGCCAAGGAGAUCUUCGACGUUAACGAGAGCGAGCAACAGAAGGAGCGCUGGGAAUCAUACAAGGAGCAGUUCCAGCCGCUCACCAAGUGGCUGGACCAGCAGCUGCAGCAGUUCAUCACGCGCGCCGCCGUGUCCAAGCGGCUGGCCAAGUCCCCGGCGGCGCUGGUGGCCACGGUGUUCGGCUGGACCGGCAACAUGGAGCGCCUCGCGCUCUCCAACGCGCACCAGAAGGCUGACGACGCGCAGCGCAAGCACCACCUGUCGCAGAAGAAGAUGAUGGAGAUCAACCCGCGCCACCCGCUGGUGCAGGAGCUGCUGCGGCGAGUGAACGACGCGCCCGACGACCCCGCCACCAAGCUGGCCGCCAUGUCGCUCUACCGCACCGCCGCGCUCAGAUCUGGCUUCAUGCUACAAGAAGGGCAGGCAGUGGAAUUUGCAGAGUCCGUGGAGCAGAUGCUGGCGCAGUCCCUCGGCGUGCCGGCCGACGCCGUGCCCGACGACGACGACUUCCUCGACGUCGGCGCCGACGCAGACUCCGACGCCGCCGAGGACGUGCCCGCCGAGGACCACGACGAGCUGUAGGACUGAAUGUUUAGAGACUGUAUGAAGCCUGGAGCUGUGUACGAGCAGCGCUCUGCCCAUUAGUGGACCUUAUGUAUUUCCAAUAAGGUUUACAAUCGGUUAACUGUUUGAAUGUACUGAAAAUUAUGAUCCUUGGAGAUAUUGAGCAUGCUUUUACGGCGAGAACGCUACUGACAGUUUAUUUAACCUCGCGAGGCCGCGGGUCUUAACGGCCUCGGGUCCCGAGUAAUUAAAAUAAAAUGUCCUAUUAUUAGAGCACUGUCUUUUUUAUUUCAUGUGUUUUCAAAAUAGACCUUAGGAGGGUAAUGUCCAUAUUUUACUAUUCCAAGGGAUCGUGCUCAAUAUUUCUUGGACUAUCAAAAUUGAAAUUAUUUGACGUAUUGCAUAUCAAUGUCUAGCUUAGGUUCCAGUUACUUUUCGGGUAUGUCAAAUAAUUUCAACCAUCCUUAUAGAAAUUAUUGUGAUAAAUAAGUUUCCUUAUUGUCACCUAUAAGUAUAUCUCCGAAUUCCAUAAUUUCAUAUGCCAUGAUUUGUUAUUUACAUAUUUUUUCUAAAGUCGUUUCUGUAAAUGACAUGCCACAACCACAAUUUAGUCAUAAUUUUUAGUGAAAAUAAUAUCAAAAUAUGUUAUAUGAAAUUAUGGGAUUUGAAAGUAAAAAAACGCUUGCCGCGUCGACCAUGUUUAUCAUUUCAUGAAGUAUGCUGAGUUUGUGUCUAUUAUAUAAAUUAUUUGUCAGUAGGUAUGCUAGAAACCUUUAUCCUGAUUUCGUGAACACAAAUAUUUAUCAGUUAAUGCUGCUUUCAUACCGUGCCGCCUCGCUCUCUAGUUUUAAAUGCAAUGUAUGUCGGAAUAGCAUCUAGUUUUAUCCUUUAGUCGGCCAGAAGCCUUUAAAAAGAUCUCCCAUUCAUUUUGUUUUGAUAAAUCAAAGUUGUGUUUGUCUUAGCGGCUAAAGGAUAUGUUAAUUUACAUAAAUAAACUAUGUAUUACAAAAUCGCGAGCAAUGUUCACCAUUUUUGUCAGCCAGAAGUGCAUUUUUUUUCCGCGUUUGGUCGUCGCGGCGGCGCCACUAGCGAUAAGUUCUCGUGUGUGAGUGCGACGGGAGAUAUGUGUGCCCGUGUGAUGCGAGCGAAUGUUCGCGUUGUUGUGUGGAGAGCAUUUUUGUAACGGGAGACGGCGUAAGCUGUAAAUAAAUUAUAUUUAUUAAA